AUGGUUAAGACCGUGGAGAGCUUCUGCGCCCGAACGCCCCGUGCGGUGUUGGAGGAGAUCGUGGUAGUAGACGAUGGGUCCUGGCCGCCUCUUGCCGAGAUCAUGACCCCAGCAAUUCCUGAGAAUUGCCGCGUCCGCAUCGUGAGGCACGAGAAACCGAUGGGGCUCAUGAUCGCCAAACAGACUGGAGGCGACACGGCCAAGGGGCAGUUUAUCGGAUUCUACGACUGCCACGUCGCGCCCAGGAUCGAUUGGGAGAAAGAGACGAUUAAGUUGCUGACAGAGCGCCCACAGCGACUGGUCAUUCCAAUGAUUGGCGAUCUCAACGUCACCACUUGGGACGAGAAGCUCGGGGGACAGCUGCUUAGCAAGUGCUACAUGGGCUGGAACGUAGAGUUUUGGUGGUACGAGGACGGCUCUGAUUUUGUACCUGCGAUCAGCGGCGGCUUGGUGGCGACUACCCGCGAGUGGUGGCAGGCGUCGGGGGGGUUCGAUAGCGACAUGCGCGGAUGGGGCGGCGAAAACCUCGACCAGUCGCUGCGGGCUUGGCUCUGUGGAGCGGACAUCGUGCGCGCGAAGUCCAGCGUGAUAUCCCACAUGUGGAGAAUCAACACGGACAGCCGCACGGUGGCGAAGUUCAAGCUUCCGCAUUUCCACGUGGACAACGUCGGGCGAGUCGCGGCGGCGUGGUUUGACGAGUUCAAGCCGAAGUACAAGAAUGGCCUGCUAAGGCGCGAGCACAUGGACGUCUCUGGUAUUGAGAAGGUGAAGAGUAGAUUGCAUUGCAAGCCGUUCGCCACCUUCCUGCACAGGUUCCGGGGAGUGUACUUCGACGGAGGCCUCCUACCCGACAGGGUGUUCAGAAUACGCUCCAAGAGCUCUGGCUUGUGCCUUAAGAGAAUGAUGAAGUCCUACGUCAUGAAGGAAUGCGAUCAAGGCACCUGGUUUCACCUGGCCAACCAGUCGCCCCUGAGCAGUGGCCAGAUCCCGCAGGCCUUGCAUCCUUGCAGGCGAUCUCGGAGCAGGAGGAGCGCAGGAGCCCCGCAACGGGGAGCCAGGUGA